CCUGGUGCGGCGAGGCGCAGGCCGAGUGCGGCGCGUACGGCGGCGUCAUGGGCCUGAUGGGACGAGCGGCGGACAUUGCCGUACAAGCCCUGGAGGAGGAAAGGCGGCGCCGGCGCGAUGGCGGUUGCAGCGGCGGCAUGUGGGAGAGCCAGGCUGCAUGCAAGGUGUUGUACCGCCUUGCGUCGUACGCCGACCAGCGGUACCGCGAGGUGGUUGCCGUACUGCAGAGUCCGGAGCACGGCAAGCGCAUGAGUGUGGUGGCGGCCAAGCGCAAGGAGGCAGCGGACAUUGCGGCGAGGAGGGACACCGCUACUGGUCAGCUGCGGAACUAUC